ACCAUAUCAGUUUUGUCACCUUUGUGAAGAGAGAUUUGUCGCAACCAUCCUGAGUUUCGGGGAAGCUGUAAACUGUAAUCAAAGGCUUCACCACUCAAAACUCUAUUUCUCCGAGCUUCUAUACAUUUUUACUUUUUCAUUUUUAUUUAUUGAUUUUUUGGCUGGUCUUCUGCCUCCAAGGUUUGAUUUUUCUCCCUACCCACUUCAGCUGAUUGCUUAUCAAUCUUAGAAUAGACUACAGAGCAUGAUUUUAUCAUAUAUUUUCAUGUGGGGUUCUUGAGUUUUCUUUGAAUUCCGUUUUUCUCUGUUUCUUUGCUAGUUCAUGUAGAUCGAUGAGUUUUUCAUGCAUGUGGGUUAAUGGGUCUGUGAAUGGUGAAUUACCUUGAAUUCAGAAUAAUCAGCUUCAAAUUUUGUGAGUUUCAGUUCUUUUGAUCUGGGGCUAUUGAAUUUUGAAUCUUUGUACUGCUCCUGGGCGAUUUUGACAAGUUUUCUGUGUGAAGCUUCUGGGUGUGGGAUCAUGGAUCCAUGUUUAUCAAUUAUAAGUGGCCUAGAUGCAUAGGAGAGAUGUAAUUUUUGUGGUUUCUAUUAUUAUGGAUUUAUUGAAAUUUUGGUUUUUGAUAUGGCCAGUGGAGCCUUCCCCCAUCUUGUGGAAUAAGGCUUGUUUGUUGUUGUUGCUGCUGUUGUUGUUGUUCUUGUUGUAUGCAUGGUUCUAUUUGGAGUUCCUUAUUAAUUUCUUGAACAUCUGAUGGUUUUAUGUAGGAAAACUACGUCAACAACCAAACAUUUUGAAACAAUUCUAAGGAGUGUGUGAUAGAUGUGUAUACAUGCAUGUGAGAAAAUUUUCAUUUAAAUACAAUUUUUUUUUUUUGGGUACAAAUUUAUGUACAAAAUUUAAUGUGCUUCAAUGAGAAAGGUAGAAAGCAAUGCACAAUUUAUAGCCUUUGAAUGUUGAUGCUUUUAGUAUGAUGUAAUUGCAAAUAAAUUCUGCUCAUGAUUCAAAUAUGGAACUUGUUAUGUUGUUGUGUUUUCAAUUUGUGUGCUUUCUAAAUUAGAAAGUGAUGCAUAUUUUUAUUCAGUCCGAAACCAGAUUUUGUUGCCUUUCAAAUUUUGCAGAUCUUGCCAUUUGGGAUUGGUCACCUGAAGUUGGAAAUGGUUAAAAGUUAUGGAGUGGUCUGAUUUGCAAGAGAUAUCAUGUUGCAGUGUUUAGAGGGAUUUAAGCCUUUAUUUGCUUCCCUAUUGCGUUGUUGUGAUAUUGAUAUAUAUAAACAGUCAAGAGGCCUUGAAGAUCCUGAACUUCUUGCUAGGGAGACAGUGUUCAGUGUAAGUGAAAUAGAAGCACUUUAUGAGCUCUUCAAAAAGAUCAGCAGUGCUGUAAUUGAUGAUGGGCUGAUUAACAAGGAUGAGUUUCAAUUGGCAUUAUUCAAGACGAAUAAAAAAGAAAGUUUGUUCGCAGAUCGGGUAUUUGAUUUGUUUGACACAAAGCAUAAUGGGAUACUAGGUUUUGAAGAGUUUGCUCGUGCUCUCUCCGUCUUCCAUCCAAAUGCCCCUAUUGAUGAUAAGAUUGAAUUUUCCUUUCAACUGUAUGAUCUCAAGCAGCAGGGUUUUAUUGAAAGACAAGAGGUGAAGCAAAUGGUAGUUGCUACACUUGCUGAAUCUGGUAUGAACCUAUCAGAUGAAGUUAUAGAAAGUAUAAUUGAUAAGACUUUUGAGGAAGCAGAUACAAAGCAUGAUGGCAAGAUUGACAAGGAAGAGUGGAGAAACCUUGUUUUGCGCCAUCCGUCGCUAUUGAAGAACAUGACCCUUCAAUAUCUCAAGGACAUCACGACAACAUUCCCAAGCUUUGUAUUCCAUUCACAAGUAGACGAUACUUGAAGGUCAUGUAUUUAGUUCAUAAUUUAGUUUCAUUGCCUUUGGCAUGCAUAGCCACCUUGUGUAUAAAAAAGGGAAUAUCAGAUUGUUUUGCUUCCCUUACAUUGGUUUUAUCUUUGAAUAAAAUAUUUGGUAUUGUGGAUUCAUUUAUUGUGGUUAAACUUACAGACACUUUUGUGGUUCGGAUUUCAUUGAUGAGCGACA